AUGGAUCGCGAAACAGGAAAUCUCACGAAAUCGUUUCAGCUGGCGGCGCAGAUGGCCGCUGCAACAGCUCAGCAAGCUGAAGCCAAGGUGGAGGAUGAUCUUGUGAAGCUGACCAGUUACUUUGAGGAGAAGAAAGCCUUGGCCAACAGACAGGCAAGCCGCAUCCUCAGUGUGAGCACCAUUCACCGGAGCUUCGCAUUCCAGAGAAGCAAAGCCAUGCUCGGAGCUCUCGGCCCGGUUUCCCGGGCACGUGUUUGUGACCUCUGGGGGGACGAGGACAACAGGACUACGCCACUCCAAAGAGUCCAACAAAGAGGAGUUCGGGGAACGAGGGAGACUUUGAUGGGACUGCUGGAGAACAUGUCCGUGCCGUCAGGGAAGCCAGUCAUUGUGGCCGACUUGGUUCCCAACCAGUUCAAUGAAUGGGGACGUGCAAUUGCCGAAAUGCAGAUUGAGAAGUUCGACAAUCCGACAAGUUGCUACAACUGGCACUUCGUCAGCUACCCUCAUCCAGAUGACUUGGAUGCAACAGCUUUGCAGCAGCACAUUGCUGGUGUCUUCAUGAAUGUGUGGUCCUCGGACUGGUGGGAUACUUCAAGUCAAGCUGGCCCUAAAGUUCGUCCACAGUCUGACACCGAACGCCUUGUCGUGCCAAGCUUGGAAGUCUUGUCGCUGGACACAGACUUCAAGGUGACGUUGCCGGAAUCGGUGAAGUCAGCACUGGGCACCAGCAAAUCCGAGUCUUUGCAGAAGAAGGUGAAUGCCCUGAAUCUGCAGUCGACUCCUCUGGGAAGCAGUACUCCCGCAGCCGUCUCUGGAGCAGGGGCAGGGCAAGCUGAAGGGAGGAAAAGUUACAGCGCCUACACAAACAAGAAGCUACGUUUGAUUUUUCGGUUAGAGCACAGUGGCGGGAAGUCUGCAGCCUUCGACACUGCAUUGAGGUCCUUCGUCCAGGCUCCCGCAUCAUCUUGCGACAAGAUUGAUGUCUUUAUCGAGACUGGCACCGAGCCAGGAAUUUACCUUGGCAACACGAGCGAAAGCGAGACUGUGACGAUGGAAGCCGGGGAGUUGUGCGGUUUCAACCUUGGAAGCUUCGUGGAGAGAGCGCAAGGCAUGGCACGGAACAACAAGGACAAGCACUUGCCGUUUAUGUUGGAGAAUGAUUGGUCCUUGGUCGUGUUCCUCGACCCCGUCCGUGGUAAGGUAGCCAUGUCUGUGGCAGACCUCGUGUGCCACGCAACCCAAACGCAUGGAAUCACGGAAGUGAACCUUGUGGACCACAAGCUCCAACAGAUGCUCGAGGACGAUGGUGUCUCGCUGAGGAUGUUUCGCUACACAUUGGAGCCGAAUGCCAAGUUGAAUUGCUUUGAGCCCAAGGCUCUGGAGGAGGGUGCCGAUGCCAGGUCCUCUCAACUUGGGGCUGCUAUGCGUGGUCGCUUCACCAAGUACCCUUUGAGCGGCCCCAACUGUGCCUUGUUGUGGGAGGCACGACGCGGGUUCAAGUUGAAGUUGAUGUUUCAUCUCUGA